UCACUUCCUGUGCUGCUGUCAGAAUUGUCGAUGUCAAAACACUUCAUCGAGGAAUCCUCCAACAGAGCACAGAGUGACAGAGCAAUGAGCAAAUUCCAUUCUGAUAGUGUUCACUGGUUGCCAGGUAACCAUAAGGUGCAGCCAAGAAAGAUGAGCCUGUUCAGUCCCUGCUCCCGUAUAUAUAGCAGGGCAGCAUGCACAACACAAACAAAGCUACAGACAAACACUACAAGCAGAUCUGCAGAGACAGAAUCCGGAGAGAACAUCCACUACAGAAAUGGGUAAUUUCCUGAGCAGUCUCUAUCAAGCUCUUAUGAACUUCAAUGGAACCAAGGCUCGUAUCCUCAUGUUGGGUCUCGAUGCAGCUGGGAAGACCACAGUUCUUUACAAGCUGAAGCUGAAUGAAACUGUGUGCACUAUUCCUACAAUUGGAUUCAAUGUGGAAACGGUUGAGCCCAUUCGUAACGUGUCCUUCACUGUCUGGGAUGUUGGUGGCCAAGAAAAGAUCAGAGCCCUGUGGAAGCAUUACUUUGUUAACACAGAUGGACUGGUCUUUGUGGUAGACAGUGCUGACUGGGAGAGAUUUCCUGAGGCAAAGAGUGAGCUGGAAGCCAUUUUUGAGAAUCAUGAAAUGAGAGGGGUCCCAUUUUUGGUGAUGGCCAAUAAGCAGGACCUUCCAGGUGCCAGGAGACCAACGGACGUAGCUGAGGCACUGGGACUGAUGAAAAUGCAAGGUCACAAGUGGCAUGUCCAGGGAUGCUGUGCAGCAACAGGGGAUGGACUGGUGGAGGGGCUGGAAAUCCUCACGAACAUGGUGAAAGAAUUCCAAAAGAGCAGGCCAUACUGAGCUCAUGGCCAAAGACCAUCUUAUCUGACUUGAGUGCAUACUCAUUGCAAAACUCAGCUCUGCAUUAUGGCAAGAAGCACAAGAUGUGAGUAAAUGCACAUAAUUGACUGGUGGGCUCAGUGGCAAUUUAAAAAAAGUGCAAAAACAUAAAGCAUUGACUUUUCAGCUCAUACUGACUUUUCUAACUGCUGAAGAACUACAGCGAAAGGUGAUGGAAGGGGAACUGGAACUCGCUAACUGAUGGUCAUCCUUUGGAUUUAAUUUUAAAAGUCUUAAUUGGCAGAACCUUUUGCCAGUUUUUUAGUAGAAUAAAGCAAAAAUUGAAUGAUUCUAUAAAAUAUGCAUGGCGAUGUUAUACUAUCUGCCUUAUUUUCCAAGUAAUGUUCUAUUAAAUU